GUGGCCGCUCGACCUCCUCGUGGAACUCGCCGUUCGCCGUCGUCUCCGCCGUUAUGAUCGCCGUUACCUUGACGGAGAGGCCUAACGUUCCCGUUAGAAUUUGGGUGGUGGGGUACGCGGUCCAGUGCGUGGUUCAUGUGGUGUUGGUAUGGGCCGAGUUUCGCCGGAGGAGGAGGGAGGAGGAUGGGGAUGAGGGGGGAAGUCGAUUGAGUGGGCAAUCGAGUUUUGCCAGGCGUUGUGAUUCGCUUAAUACGAUGGCAUCUUUUGCCUGGUGGAUACUUGGAUUUUACCUGGUGAUCUCUGGUGGUGAAGUUCUCCUCCAGGAUGCUCCUAGACUCUAUUGGCUGACUGUAGUUUUUCUGGCAUUUGAUGUAUUCUUCGCCAUCUUUUGUGUGGGUUUGGCCUGUGUGAUUGGAAUUGCACUCUGUUGUUGCUUGCCUUGCAUUAUUGCGAUUCUUUAUGCUGUUGCAGGCCAGGAAGGUGCAUCUGAUGCUGAUAUCAGCAUGCUUCCGAGAUAUAGAUACAUUGAGCCUUGCGAGGAUGAGGAAAAAGUAUCUGUAGAAGGGCUAAUGAUUCCAGUUACAAGUAACGGUGGAAGUUCAUCACAUGAAGGGGUUCUCUUAAAGGAGGAUGCCGAAUGUUGUAUUUGCCUUACACCAUACGAAGAUGGAGUGGAGCUCCAUUCACUUCCCUGCAGCCAUCAUUUUCAUUCUGCAUGCAUUGUGAAAUGGCUAAGGAUUAAUGCUACCUGCCCGCUUUGCAAAUACAACAUUCUCAAGGGCAAUGAUUGUGUGUGAAAAAUCAUCAUCAUCAACUGAACUUGCUUCCCUUUUGCUAAUUACUGUAUUUCUUAGUAAAGGGGAAGGUAUGAAAUUGGAGCCAAGAUAGAUCAAUGAAUGGUGUUUAUGCACAUUUUCACAAUACAUCUGUUCUUCAAUGUUACUGAGCUGACGUAUGUAUGAAUGCGUUGUAUAGAUAAUGUUAACAUGUUUGUUGUACAUUAUGUAUGUAUAAAGAUCGCUAGAGGUUUGUAAGUGCAUUCUAGUUACCUGUUGCUCUUUAUUGGUAGAGUUUAUAUCUUGUAU